AAUUCACAUUUUGUUCAGCAAACAUGUUCUGGCUGUUCUGCUUGCAUCUAUUCUGAUCAUGACAGGAAACACUCCCAUGCAAUUAUAAAAUGUAAAUCAGAUAUGAAGUGAUCACAUCUACACAGUGAAGCUGGAAGAAGUUUUCCUGUCUGUUAUUAUGCAAUUACGCAAUUACAGUAAUGUAUUCCUUUUUGCUGCAACGCCAACAUGGCAUCAUGACUUUGUGUAAACAUACACGCCCACUUUCUUAAGCCAAGUGGCGUGUUAUCUGUACGCAGUUUGAGCUAUCCGCCUGGAUGAACAUGCAAACUCCACACAGAAAAGCCUGAGAUAACCUGGGUUUGAACCCAGAAGCUUCUUGCUGUGAGGCAGAAGUGCUUACCACUGAGCCACCGUGCUGCCUAAGUUGGAUCAGUGACCCAACACAGUCGCCAGAUGUUUCUUAUCUGGACAUAUUUGACUGAUUCACUUUCAGUGUUAAUGUAUAUAUAUUGUUUUUUUCUUUGCGCUGCAGACUUCCUGUCCCGCCUCCAACCAUGAGUGACAUCUAUGAGUCUGCAGCGAACUCGCUGGGUUUGUUCAGCAGUCCUUGUCUGACCAAAGUGGAGCUGAGGGUCACCUGCAAAGGGAUCCCCGACCGGGACGCUCUGUCCAAACCCGACCCCUGCUUCGUCCUCAAGAUGCAGUCCCACGGACAGUGGAUGGAGGUGGACCGGACAGAGGUGAUUCGCAGCUGUGUGAACCCCACCUACUCCAAAGUCUUCACGCUGGACUUUUAUUUUGAAGAGGUGCAGCGUCUGCGCCUGGAACUCUACGACGUCAACAGCAGCCACAACGGCCUGAAGGAGGCCGACUUCCUGGGCUCGCUGGAGUGCACGCUGGGACAGAUCGUCUCUCAGAGGAAGCUGUGCAAAGCGUUGCUCAGACCAGGAGGCAGCGUGGGGAAAUCCAUCAUCACGAUAACAGCAGAGGAGUUGACGGGGAACGACGACUACAUCGAGCUCUCGUUCAGCGCCAGGAAACUGGACGAUAAGGACUUCUUUAGUAAAUCUGACCCCUUCCUGGAGAUCUACAGGCUGAACGAUGACGCCACGAUGCAACUCGUCUACAGAACGGAGACGGUGAUGAAUAAUCUGAACCCGGUGUGGAAAACCUUCAAAGUUUCUCUCAACUCGCUAUGCAGCGGAGACCACGAACGCAAGCUGCAGUGCACCGUGUGGGACUGGGACUCAAACGGGAAACACGACUACAUUGGCGAGUUCGAGGCCACGUUCAAAGAGAUGAGAGGAGCCAUCGAUGGACGACAGGUGCAGUGGCCAUGCUUGAAUCCGAAAUACAGAGUCAAGAAGAAGAACUACAAGAACUCUGGGAUCGUCAUUCUGAACCAGUGCAAGAUCAUCAAGAUGCACUCGUUUCUGGAUUAUAUCAUGGGAGGCUGUCAGAUCCAGUUCACAGUAGCCAUCGACUUCACGGCUUCUAACGGAGAUCCUCGGAACAGCUGCUCGCUGCACUACAUCCACCCGUACCAGCCCAACGAGUACCUGAAGGCUCUGGUGGCAGUGGGCGAGAUCUGCCAGGACUACGACAGUGACAAAAUGUUCCCGGCGUUCGGCUUCGGGGCUCAGAUCCCUCCGGACUACAAGGUCUCCCACGACUUUGCAGUGAAUUUUAAUGAGGACAACCCUGAGUGUGCAGGUAUCCAGGGCGUGGUGGAGGCCUACCAGGCCUGCCUCCCCAAACUGCAGCUCUAUGGUCCCACCAACAUCGCCCCCAUCAUCCAGAAGGUGGCCAACACCGCCUCGCAGGAGGUCCACACCAAAGAGGCCAUGCAAUACUUCAUCCUGCUGAUCCUGACAGACGGCGUCAUCACUGACAUGGCUGACACGAGGGAGGCCAUCGUCCAGGCCUCCCACCUCCCCAUGUCGGUCAUCAUCGUCGGGGUAGGGAGCGCCGACUUCAGCGACAUGCAGAUGCUGGACGGCGACGACGGGAUUCUGCGAUCGCUCAAGGGAGAGCCCGUCCUACGGGACAUCGUCCAGUUCGUUCCCUUCCGCAACUUCAAACACGCAUCUCCAGCUGCUCUGGCUAAAAGCGUGUUAGCAGAGGUGCCCAACCAGGUGGUGGACUACUACAACAGCAAGGGCAUCAAGCCCAAAGUGCCCAGGCAGUUCGGACCCUGAGCACCGCCGCCGUUGUCCCCGCCACAGCUGCCCCCAGACUGCACGAGCUCCUGGACUGAGAAAAUUGUUUACUGUAUUUAUUUAUUUUUGUUGUUGAUGUGAAUGUUAAAAGGUGCAACUUGCAGCAUUUUACCACGACGAAAUGGCUCAUUUUUACCCACACAAGAAGCCUGUCAGCCUCAGUACUGCAUUUUACAUUGGGAUGGGUUUUUACAGGAACUUCUGGAUUGCUUUAUGGCACAGGUAGAAGGUUUUUCAUUACAUGUCAUCAUCACGUACACGUAGAUACAGACCCUUCGCCAUAGCCUGACGUGCACCAUCCCAGAAACUUAACUCCACAUUGUAGCGACGCAAAGUGCAACUGUGAUUGGUCCGCUUGUUUGUGGCUUGCUAGUGUUGCUUUUUCCAACUCAUUACCGGCUGCUCCUUCCUCGUGGAGCCGUGGAAAUGGCUAACUUUUCCUGCUACAGACAAACUUUGUUUACCACUACAAACCAGGGUUUACACUUAUUAGUAGCCUUUGUAAGCAAAUUAGCAUGAUUUGUAGCAUUCCUUUCAGUAUAUUUUUUUCUUUUCUUUUGUGACAGUGUUUAUAAUAACGACUGGGCCGCAUCAGCAUUUAUAACAGUGACUUUUCAGAUCAGAAUCUGUUCAUUUCAGUAGACAUUUGUGUACAGAGGCAAAGGAAAUCUAUGCAGAGCUUUCACGUACAGGAAAUUUGCAUAGUGAACUGACACGUGCGUUUGUGGGGUAGCCAACUGUUUUGUUGACAGCGAACAGAUGUAACAGCGUCCAAAACAAAGAAAGCUAUCAUCUUAGCUUCGUCACACCAUCCGGUUUUAUAUAACGCUCCUCUGCCAGAGUAUAAACUGCCAACAUGUAUGGUAUAAUCUCUUGAAGAAACGGUCAUCACCAGGGUGCAAUUUGUGAGCAAAUCAAAACAUGCAAUAAUUAAAUCCACCUUUCAAUACGAUGGAUAUAGUGCGACUCGUCACAUUAAAUAAAGCGCUUUCAAGCUAGCGUCCCGGAGCUCUGUAGCGGCUAAAUACAACCAGCACAUGACAGCGCUUUACUUAGUUUGAAAUAUUUUCUAUUUUAGGUAUAUAAUAUGUGGUCUAAUGGUGAAGUAGCAUUGAUCAUUUUGAGGGGACAAAAAAUUCAGCAGAGGCAGGGAUAUGUAAACCAGAGAGGGCGAAAUCCCAAGCAUCCCUCCCUGACAAAUCAAUCGCACCCUGGUCAUGAGUUUUUGUCCAGUUAGCAGCUAAGUCAGCUAGCAUAUUGAGCUGCUUUGGCUGGCUAGCGUCGGCAUGUUAGGCUUCCUGCACAUUGCCUGUGUGGCGUGAGCGUGUCAGCUGCGUGGCGUGUUUUAUUUCGGCUCCCAUGUUAACAGGUUAGAGCUUGCACAUUGCCUGCGUGACACGCACUUCUCAGGUGUGGCACAAGCCAAUGCGUGCAUGCUAGAAAAAGGACCGACUCCUAUUUUUCACUUGACACUCAAGCG